AACAGUGAUAACGACCAAUGAACCUUGGCUCUGCCCAUUAAAUUGGUGUUAACUAGACGAGUUAAUUUUUUUUUUACUUUCAUUAAUUUUGUAGAUUAAUUACAUUACACACAUUUAUACAUUAUAUUAAAUAAAAACGUGAAAUAAUACGAUUAAUUCUACUCAAUCGACAAAAUGUAUUUAAAUCAUUCGUCCGAUCCUAGAAGACCAGAAAAAGAACACAGAUUUAAACAACGGUACGCCAGUAGUGAUUCACAACCAAUAUUACCCGGUGAAGAUUUGACAUCCGAUUAUAUGAACAUACUGGGGAUGGCUUUGAGUAUGUGUGGACUGCUAAUGAAAUUAAAGGGGGCUGCAUGGUGUGCAAUGUUUUGUUCGUGUAUAAGCUUUGGAAAUUCUAAAUCAACCGACGACACUAAACAAAUAUUUAGCAGCUUCAUGCUUUCUAUAUCUGCAAUUGUCAUGUCUUACCUACAACAUCCACAACCAAUGACGCCUUUCUGGUCAACAUCUUUUGGUGGUUAAACAAUUCCAGAGAAACAAUACGUCAAAUAAUUAAAUAUUUGUUUUAUAUUUUUGGGGGUUUUUUUUUCUCUAAAUUUUUGUAAUUGUGAAUGUUAAUAAUUAUAAGUGUAAAAGUUUCUAAAAUUAAAAAUACAAGAUUACAACAUA